AUGUCCCAACGCCAGCAUCUGCUGCCGGACUCGACCUGGAGUCCUCUGGGCGACGUGGGACUGGGCAUUUCCGAUGCUCACGAUCUCGACCAUUCUCAUUCGGAUUCUCGUCUGGACUCUCCGGAACUGCGCUAUCCUGAAUCCUCUAAACGAUCGGAUUCUCCCGAUCCGAAAGACCCAGAUCCAGAUCAUGAUCUCUAUCAUAUUAGGUGCCCCACGCAGCAGAGUGUCCAGCAGCGUCGUCUCUCCUGGGUCCCCCUGACCAUCCUCGUCCUGGCGGUCUAUGCCACCAUCCUCUCUGGUAUCUAUCUGGUCAUUGCCCUGGUGCGACCUCGUUAUGGACACGCGAUCGGGGAAGACAAGGGUCUGGCACCCUCGACAGCCACGCUGCUGAGUGCGCUGUUCGCCAAAACCAUCGAGUUAUCCUACGUGACCGUCUGCGUCGCCUUCCUGGGCCAGGUGCUGAGUCGACGGGCUCUGACCCAGGGAUCGCGCGGCAUCACCAUCUCGGACAUGAGCAUGCGGUCGUGGAUCAUGCAGCCGGGAGCGCUGAUUGUGCAUUGGGAGACGCUGCGAUACUCCGCAGCCACUGUGCUGGGGGCUAUUACGCUGACGGCCACAGUGGUAGCAAUGCUCUACACCACCGCUGCCGAAGCAUUAGGUAUCUGA